AUGGACAUAGAGUACGUGAGCAAUGGCGGCAUUGCAGACGAGAUUCGCGAAGCCCUGGCGCAGGUAGUUUGCGAAGCAAUGGCUGCCCAGCCCACGGAGCCCUUUCACUACAUGAUCUGGGGGAGGAACACUGGGGAUGCAAGGCAGUCGACGGACAGUAGACACUUGGCUGCUCUCCGAGACUACGCUGCAAGCCUUGCGACGGCACUUACCCCUGGCAUGGACGUUAUCAGCGUUCGUCUGCUCUUCUCGCCGCCGGGCUCUCCGGCUCAGCCCUUCCAUCUGGACUACGCGCAGCAUUUUUCAGAGGUGCGAACAAUAUUUCUUUCUGCCUCUCCAUCGACAGCCUCUAACUGCACGGAAUGCCUCAUGUUUGGUGAGAUGAAUUCAGCAGUUGCAGCUCACGCCCGCCAGUUCGCACGGAAAGGAAUGACAGUUGAACUGUCAGAUCUGGCAUGUGCAGCCGACAUAAGGCCCAGUGUACAGUCUCUGGUGCUUGAUGCCUGGCAGAUGUGUAUCUUGCGCACUUCUCAUGUUUUCCAUCGUCGCAGUGCGAACCGGAGUGAUUUCACAAGGAUUACGUUCAACGUGGAUGUCGCACGCUUGUGCGAGUGUCCCGAGUUCAUUGAUCUCGAUGCGCGCCGGUCUCUCGAUCACGAGCGGAUAUGUGGCCGAGACAUCGUGGACGACUUGGAUGAGCAAGACAUUUGCUUGCGCGACCCUAGAACGACCGGUAGCGUAAUUACAUUUCGGCCUUUGGAAAUUUACAAGGCCAACGUGCCCAGAGUCCUGCUGGCAGAAGACCCGUGCCAGCAGGCGCAGCUGUUCUGUGAUGAGGUUCGCAUAUCUCCAAAGCUUCGUGUUUGGCAGCGUCCCAUGUUCUGCCCGAAGCCAAAGGCGCCAUCCUACGCAGACCGAAGGCUUGAAGGCAUGCGCCGCAGAUUUCGAUUGGGCCACCUGGCGUUUAUUGUUCUUUCCUUUUGCCUCUGGCUCACGGAAUGGAUGAGCGCUCGGUGCCUGCUGGCCGGUCGGAUGGGGCUUACGACAGGAAGUCUGCCUUAUCGGGGGAGGAAUCCCCGGGUCUGUCGGCCAGCUGGGCGGGCUUCGGCCUCACCGUGGAAAAUCCUGGGGCUGCAGCGUGGGACUGCCAAAGAAGAAAUCAAGGCCCGUUACAGGGAGCUUGCUGCCUCUGAGCACCCGGAUAAGAGGACAGAUUUGGAGCCCGCCUUGGCUUCGGCUCGGUUUGCUGAAAUCACCUCAGCAUACCGCGACCUCAUGGACAAGCCAGAUACCGAGGACAGCAUUGCGAGCAACUGGCGAGACGAAGUCUGGGAGGAAGUUAAGUCCGAUGUCGAUCCAGAUUCGUAUGUCAUUUUCUAUGCAAUUGUACUGUGGGUGGUAGUGUUGCUCUUCCUGUCCAACUUGGAUUGGUUCACUUGGGACGAUUGCUAUCAGACGUGGCAGUGGUGGUGCAGCUUGAAAGGAAGCUUUGGAAGGGCUUGUAACUCGGUUCUGGCCGCGGCGCUCGCGAGCCGGCUAACCAGUGCCGCCCACUCGCUUUGGCAGUCACGCGACAGGUCAGUCACGUCGCUCGGCUCUCUCCAGGUUGAGAAGUCCACCCACUCUGGCGAACCACUCGUGCAGCCCGCGCGGGUGAACGCCACAGCUGCCCAAGCUGACGGAGCUUGCGUCCCGCCGUUCAUGGCGGGCAACUCCAUGUACCUCACGGCCAUGGGCUCCUCUAUUUCCGGUGGGCAGUGGGGUGCAUGGCAGCUAAGCGACGACCCAGACUCCCCUUCGACAACAACCUGGAAGUUAGACUUCAUGGCCCCCGAUUGGCAGACAUUACGUUUCUCCAGCGACUCCGGGCAUUUGUCUGCCGUAACCAAGCCGAUGGCAAAGGCAGAGUUGGAAAAACAGUAUGGCUGGGUUCCUGCGACGUCCAGAGGUAGUGAUGGCUUCGGUGAGCAAGGCUGGGAAUUUAUGGAGGACUUGAGGGCUCCAGCUAUCGCCUUUACCUACGAUUCGCUGAACUUCUCGAACAACUAUUCAGUCGCUACAGAUCCCGACAGCUAUCCUCCGACCUUAACGGCUUUACCGUCUUUGAGAGAAGCCACCAUGGAUCCAUCGAAGUGGCGGUAUUGGGUUGCCACAGAUUGCCAGGAUGCACUGGCCGCCGUCUUCCGAGUGGAAGUCACCGAGGGGCAGCGGCCUGGAAGAAUCAUUAUCUACAAUAAGGAUGGGGAGAUCGUCACUCAAGUUCUGGCUGAUCCUGUUGUCGACCAUCGGUGGGCUGGAGACACGGUUGCCAUGGCCAGGCUGAGAUGCUUGGUCUUUCUCUGUUCCCAUGUCUUCCUCAGCAACGGCCUGAAAACCCGGGUCUCUGAAUCAUGUUCACCAUUGAUCAACAGACAAUCAUAUUCUGCACUGCGGGUCGGAGUCGGAACUCCAAAGCAAGAGUUCGAUCUUGUCGCUGACACAGGCAGCAGUGCGGUCAUCGUGACGCACUGCGAAUGCAUGUCAAACAGUUGCUUUGGGUCCUCUGGAAAUUGCUUCACAGGCACAAACCGGUCCUCCACGUUUGACGUGCCGCGGGACGGUUCCGGAGCUCCACUUUCAGUGACGAUGACAUUUGGCAGUGGGAUGAUCUAUGGAGUUGUUGGCACGGACGUCGUGACCGUUGGCCAGGAAUCUGCUACGAUGAAUGGCAGUGUGAUUUUCAUGUAUGACCAUGAGCUCGACACUGCCAUAUCUGACUUCGAAGGCAUUUUUGGUCUCGGCCUCCCGUACAAAGAGGCUGACAUAUAUGCUUCAAGCCAGCAGUCUUGGCUGGUCACUGCAUCAAUUCAGCGAUUUUCCAUGUGCUUCUCCAAUAUGAAGGAGGAUGGCAUGCUACGCCUCAACUCCCCGGCACAAGCAGAGAGACUUGGCAAUCUUGGAAAGUUCCAUUGGGGUGUCGAUUUCCAGGGCCUGUCCGUCGGCGAUGAAAAGGCGGAGAUUAUUCUGUGCGGCGAUGACGAAAAGAAGGACAAAAAGACCGCUUGCGGCCUGAUUCCCGACUCGGGGACCACUCUGAUCCUCGCACCGAGCCGCCACCUCUGGACGCUCUAUUCCAAGCUGUGUGAUAUGUGGCCGCGCUGCAGCAAGGCCUUCGCUCAAGACAAGACGUCAAAGCCCUCCGAAGAGCAGUCAGAGCCAUCCAUGGGAAGCAGAAUCGGAGACUGGAUCAAGAGCACACUGGAGAAGUGGGGCAUUCCAGAGAUUCACAUCACGAAUCCGUUCGACCUGGACCCAGCCACACAGCUAAAGUUGGACAAGAAGGAACGCUUCGAGUCCUUGCUUGCAGACUGUGCAUCCUGGUCCAAAGAUGCGGCAGACUUAGACCGUGAAAUGCCGGCCCUGUUUUGGCAUGUGGCUGGAGUGGAGGGCAAGACCCAGACUUUCAGCUUGCCGCCGAGUACCUAUGUAGUUGCGACCGGAUUCAAUGACCAAAUUAUUUGCAUGCCAUUUUUCGGAGAGUACGACUACGAGACCGUCCAAAACGGGCCUAUCUGGAUCAUGGGCACCCCGCUUUUCUACGAGUACGAAGUCCAUUAU